AUGAAGACCGCUCUUUUCGCCGUUGUGGCUGCUGUCCUCGUGGCAUCUGGCAAUGCAAUUCCUACUCCUUCAAACCAUGUGUUACACGAAAAGAGAACGUCAUUGCCUAGACCGUGGGUCAGAAGUAAUCGUGUUGAAAGAGAUGCAAUUCUCCCAGUACGGGUCGGACUAAUGCAAAACAAUCUUGAGAUUGGUGAGGAUCUACUGAUGGAAGUUUCGCAUCCAUCAUCCCCAAAAUACGGCAAGCACUGGACGCAAGAGGAAGUCCAUGACAUGUUUGCUCCAUCUACGAGCGUUGUCCAAGAGGUUCGCGAUUGGCUCGUAUCAUCUGGUGUAGCAGAUACUGUGAUCGUUCACUCCGAGAAUAAAGGAUGGCUAGCUUUCGAUAUUCCAGCAUGGAAGGCGGAGGAGCUCUUCCACACCGAGUACCAUGAGCAUUUUCAUUCUGCAUCUGGCAAGGUCACUGUUGGUAGCGACGAUUACUAUAUUCCCGAACAUAUUCGAGAACAUAUCGACUAUGUCACCCCCGGUGUCAAACUAUCCGCUCCCUUGACAAAGAGUAAAGUAAAGCGCGACGUGCACAAGGGACAUUACAAACCAGGUCCGUUCAAAAAGCAACCUCCGAAAUGGACAGGCCACCCGUGGCCAAAACCACCAGGAGCAGGUUCGCUGCCCCUCAAUCUGCAAGGUUGUGAUAGAAAUGUUACCCCAGCUUGUCUGAAAGCAUUAUACAAAAUCCCAGAUGCCCAUCGGAGUGAUCCAGCAAAUGUUAUGGGACUUUACGAAAGUGGUGAUACCUAUUCGCAGGAGGAUCUGAAUUUGUUCUUCGCCAAAUACGCCCCAAAUGUACCACAAGGAACUCACCCAAAGUUGGACUCCAUUGAUGGAGGUCAAGCUCCGGUCGCACCUAACAGCGAUUUCAACACUGGAGAAAGUGAUAUUGAUAUGGAUAUCGCCUACUCUCUGAUCUAUCCACAAAAGAUCACCCUUUACCAAGUGGAUGACAGUGUUGAAGCUUUCACAGAUGGUGGUUUCAAUACUUUCCUCGAUGCGCUCGAUGGUUCGUACUGCACAUACACUGCAUACAAUAUCACCGGAAAUUCGCCUGGUGUAGAUGCAGUCUACCCGGACCCAGCGCCAGGAGGUUACAAAGGCCCUCUUCAAUGCGGUGCCUUUAAACCUACCCGAGUAAUCAGUGUCUCGUACGGAGUCUCUGAAUUCGACGCUCCGGUGGCCUACACAAAGCGCCAAUGUAACGAGCUUCUCAAGUUAGGUCUUCAAGGUGUGACUUUCCUCUGGGCAUCUGGAGAUUAUGGAGUUGCUUCAUUCCCCGGAGAUGACAACGACAACGGAUGUCUUGGUACCGAUUCAAAGGUCUACAAUCCCAGUUUCCCUACCUGUCCAUACGUCACAAAUGUUGGUGCCACUCGACUCUACGAGAAUCAGACAGUUUUGGAUCCAGAAUCUGCACUUCAAGCAAACCUUGGAGGGUCUGCUUCUCUAUUCGCAUCGGCUGGUGGAUUUGCGAACUAUUUCCCAGUUCCGUCGUACCAGAAGGUAGCAGUUGGGAACUACUUGAAAUACCACAACCCAGGGCUUCCAUCGUACGUCGCGAAUGCUGAUGCCACAAACAUUGGUGAAGGUGGUGGGGUCUACAACAGAGCCGGUCGUGGAUUCCCAGAUGUCUCUGCCAACGGGGCGCUCUUCCGCGCAUUCAAUGAUCUUUCAGAUCUACAUUUCUACGGCACCAGUCUUGCGGCUCCAAUCUGGGGUAGUAUCGUGACGUUGAUCAAUGAAGAGAGAACAGCUAUUGGAAAAGGUCCAGUUGGAUUCAUUAAUCCGGUACUUUAUGCUAAUCCGUGGGCCUUUAACGAUAUCAAGAAUGGUAGCAACCCGGGAUGUGGUAGUUCUGGUUUCAAAGCGGUUGAUGGAUGGGAUCCUGUGACGGGUCUUGGAACACCAGCAUACCCAUCUCUACUGAAGCUGUUCUUGAGCUUGCCAUAA